AUGUCUUCGCAACCGCUGCCUCAGCUAAACAUCGAUCGCUACGUCGUCAUCCACGUUGCGACCACCUGCGACGAGCACGGCGUCUAUGUGACCAAGGACUCGGCCGAGGUGAUUGAGCUUGGAUGGAUCUUGCUUGAUGCCAACUCUCUCGAGGAGAUUACCCACGAGAGCGUUCUCGUCAAACCUGUCAACACUCCCAUCACUCCCCUGUGCACGAGCCUAACCACUUUGACUUGGGAACAUGUCCGAAACGCUGGUACCUUUAGAGAUGCUAUCACCCGAUUCGACACCUUCGCUACCGAGUACUUGACCUCCAAGAACCUCGAUUUCGUCUUCGUUACCCUCGAUGCCUGGGACCUCCGUGUCCAGCUUCCUCGUGAGGCCCGCGACAAGGCCGUCGUGCUGCCUCCUUACCUACAGCACUCUCGCACCUUCGACCUCCGCACAGAGUACCAGCGCUGGCAGCAGCAUCACCCGGAGUCGCUGCCCUUCGGUCCUUCGAUGCUCUCCAACAUCUGUGCCGCCCUCGAGGUCGAGCCCGUUCAGUCGAGUGCUCCCAUCAAGCACAACCUCCCCUUCCAUCUGCAGGCCCUGGCCCCCGCCUCGCCUCGCCGCGCCAUGGAGGAGGCCAUUACUCUUGCCCGUGUUCUUCGUGGCCUGAUUCGCAAGUCGCAGCCUCCCCAGGAGCACCCCGACGUCCUGACCCGGCCCAUGGAUGCCCGAGCUGAUGUUCGAGCCUUCCUUUCCGAGAGAAGCAAGGUCCUUCACAUGUCUGGCCUGCCCCACGACACCACCCAGUCGGAGCUUGAGAGUUGGUUUACUCAGUUUGGUGGUCGUCCCAUUGCUUUCUGGACUCUGCGCACUCCUGAGCAGCACAAGCCUACCGGCACUGGAUUUGCCGUCUUCUCUUCCCACGAGGAGGCCGCCGAGAGUCUCUGCAUGAACGGCCGUGCUCUGAAUGAGAAGGCCAUCGAGGUCUCGCCUUCGUCGAGCCGUGUUCUUGACCGCGCCCAGGACAUCCUCACUCCCUUCCCUCCCAGCAAGAACCGACCCAGACCCGGUGACUGGACCUGCCCCUCUUGCGGCUUCUCCAACUUCCAGCGCCGAACCGCCUGUUUCCGAUGCUCUUUCCCUGCUGUUGGCGCCGGUCCUUCGAACGAUGUUGGUAGUGGUGGCGGCGGCGGUGGCGGCAACUAUGGAGGGUACAGUGGCUACGGGCCCCCUGCUAUGAUGCCGCCACCUCCUCAUGGUGGCCACCACGGUCCCAUGGGCCACGGUGGCGGACGCAUGGGUGGCAGCGGUGUCGUCCCCUUCCGUGCCGGUGAUUGGAAGUGUGGCAACGAGGUGUGUGGUUACCACAACUUCGCCAAGAAUGUCUGCUGCCUGCGUUGCGGUGCCAGCCGCGCCGGUGCUGCGGUAGUUGCCGACUCUGGAUAUCCUUCGCCCAUGGACAACUCCUCUCAGUAUAGCAUGAGCCAGGGUUCCAUGGCUGGAACUCCCGGCCCCGGCCCCUUUUCCUCCGCGAGCUCCUUUGGAUCCGGCGGUGGCUACAACCAGCAUUUUGGUGGCCCCCCUAGCCACUACCUCCCCUCGGGUCUGGGCGGAGGCGCAGCAGCUUACCCCAGCUCCCUAAACACCCAUGGCGGCGGUUUCGGAUCGGCCCCUGGCUCUCACUCUGCGGGUCCCUUCGACAGCAGAGCUGCCGAGGCUGCCUUCCAGUCGGCGAGCAACGGCCCGGCUUCUGCUGGCCCCUCGAACAACUUUUACAAUAGCUCGAACAAUGCUGGCAAUGAGAACGAUCCCUUUGCCUUCCUUUCUAGCGGAAUCGGUGGGCUCUCGGUUAGCGGCGGUGAUGCUCGCCAGAACGGCGGCUCUGCUCCUCCCAGCAAGUCGCCCGCCUAA